AUGGCCACGACGGAGAGCCGGAUUGCGGGACUCUUGUCGGUUCUCUCCGAGAGCGAGGAUGCUGUUCACUGCCCACUCUCUGUCUUUGCACGCAGCCUGCGGGAGACCUCGUGGCCACAACAACAACAACAACAACAACAUGCCUCAAAUGGUGGUGCGGUAGGCGGUGGGGGGUCAAUGGAUUUGAGCGACGUGCUGGCAGAGCGCUCACUGGCGCUGCUGCGGGAGGAGGAGGCGAUUCUGCGUGAAAAGGAGGUGGUGCGGGUGGCGUACGACAAGCUGCGUGCUGAGAUGGCCCGUGUUGAGGCGCAGCUCCAGAGCUACGAGCGGCGCGCGCAGGAGGUGGCGCAGCAGAAGGCCUUCUGCAAAUUGGCGAUGAACCUGCUGGUGACGGGGGAUGUGCCGGAGUUCUACGCACCGGAUGCGGAGCAUGUCGUGGGCGCGCCCCGCGAGGACCCCGACAACACAAACAACGACGUCGUCAGCACCUCCGUGGGCGGCGCGGAGGCGGCGCCGGAGGUGGCACCGAUGAGCUCGACGUCGCCCAAGCGGCCACGUCCAAGCACCACGACGCAGAAGCGGCACGCCGGAUCGGAGCCACAGCAGCAGCACCACCAACAACAACAACAGCAACAACAACAACAACAACAACAACAACUAAACGGUCCCAGUGAAAAUGGCACGCAUUGGAGACGGCGUGAGCAGUCGGCCUCAAAAGAAAAGGACGAGAACCAGGACGUUUUCGAGGCGGCUUGGAAGGGGGGUCAGCAAUCGCCCGCGCAGGGAAGGGCCACUCCACCGCGUGUGCAUGGAGGCAGCGGCUCUAGCCCAACAGGUAGUGCGCUCCUUGCGAUGUUGCGUUUGCCCGAUGUGAAGGAAAUGACACUUUUGCACGCGAUUGAGAGUUACGAUGAAUACCAUUUCGGGAAGUCCGUGGUCUGGUCUACCAAGAAACGGGAGGAGCUACUGCCUGUUCUCCUCGGUCUGUUGAAGCACCUGCCGUUGCAGCGUCCACCCAUUCAGAUAGCAGAGCUACAUGUUCUUGGUCACAUUUUUCGCUUUCCAUAUGCCGCGCUGGGUGCGUCAGAAGCAACGUUCUCCUCCUCGCAGACGUCAGCGCCCCUGCCAGAGCCAAUGGUGACCUACAUUCUACAUAAGUUGUUAGGCGAAGGCCAGGCUGUAACGAUUCUCACACGCCUACUUCAAAGCGUUAACAAUGAUGUCAAGUGCGAAGUAUUAGAGUGUAUAUUGCCGCUUAUUAUUAUUAGUAGUAGUAGCAAUGUCAAUAAUGCCGAUAGCGGUGCUGGUCGUACUUCUCAAGAUAAAGGGGCACCGCCAGACGCACGAAAGGAAUUUAUUGCGUGUGGUGGGCUGCAACCGCUUGUGAGUAUUGUGGCAUCCUGUACCUCGGAGGCGGUGUUGGAGCGGGCACUUGUGCUCCUGUGGAAUCUUAUAGCCCGGAACGCGGACGAGGAAAAGGUGCGUGGUGAGGUACGACGCCUUGGCGGGCUACGUGCUGUGCUCGACCUCCUCUACACAGAUUCUAUUCCUAUUCUAGAGAAUGCGGCCAUGGCGAUUGGCUACAUAACGCGUGAGGAGGCGUCCAAGGUGGAAAUUCGGGAGGCAGGUGGAUUGGAGAAAAUUACCGCCACCUUGCGUCAUCCCUAUGAGUCCAUUCAGACAAAAAUGGCAGGGGCUAUUUGGAAUUGCGCCAGCAACGCCGAAAAUCGGACGUAUCUGCGACACAUUGGAUGUAUUCCUGCUCUCUUGGAGUUAAUUAGUUCGCCAUACGAGUUUGUCCAAGAGAAUGCGGCAGGGGCUCUCUGGAAUCUCAGUGUGGACCCCGAGAAUAAGGCGCAAAUCGUUGACUACGGUGGCAUCAUAGAACUUGCUCAGCUUAUUGCCAAGAGCCCUAGUGUACCGGUGGUAGAAAAUGCAUCUGGUACACUCUGGAACUGCAGCUCUGCGGUUGAGUCACGACCCGCCAUCCGAAAGGCCGCAGCUAUACCAGUCUUGCUCUCCGUAAUGAAUCGGAAGCCGCCUCCCUCGACGGCGCAAAAAGAUGCUGCGGUGGGGAAGAAAUCAUCGGCGUCUCUUCCCAUAAAUGACAAAAUUCUGGAUAACGUGGCGGGUACCCUUCGCAAUUGUGCUAUUAAUGAUCAAAAUAAGCCGGCAAUUCGUGAGGCGGGUGGUGUAGAGCUGCUGCUGAGCAAGCUUGAGCAGGGUAUAUUGAAACACCCAGGAUCUAUUCCGAUGCCGACACUGGAUAAGAUGGCAUCCACGCUGUGGAUCCUAACCAUUUCUCCAGAGAUAAAACAUAGUGUUCGCCUCAGUGGUGGUAUUCCGCUGCUUGCAAAAAUACUUGAAAGGACGUCUAUUACCGCCGCAAAGAAGAAGCAUGCCAAAGUUGUAGUGCAACUAACCUUGAGUGUAAAGGAAAAGAUUGUUGGGUUAUUGCGCAAUUGCUCUACCGUUCAGGAAAACCGACCGGUGAUGGUGAAUGCAGGCGUUGUGCGAGCUUUAGUCUACGCCGUAGAGGAUUGCUACCUUGCCGGUGACACCAAACCUAAUACUAGUCUGUCUUCGUCCCAACAGCUUUUACCAUCGCUGCAGAUGAAGGAAACCGUGGCCUCUGCGCUUUGGUACCUUUCACGUGACGACAAGGUUGCGCCCCGUGAGGAAGGCGGUCUUGAACUUCUUUGCCGUCUUCUGCUUGAGCCUGCCCAACCCUCUGCGGUGCUCGAGCAGGCCGCGGGAGCAAUUUCUUCAUUGACAGUGAAUAAUCAGGAAAAUCGGACCAAGCUGCGCGAGUUUGGCGGGUUGGAUGCGCUGCUACGGCUGGUAGAAGAGAGGACGUCGCUGGCGUUUUCACAGCAAGCGGAAAGCGGUGGUGACGGCAAGGCCAGUUCGGCAACGGCAACCUCUGCAAAGGAAGCCAACAGUGGCUCUGGCAAGACUGAGAGUACGGUGUCAAACACGUAUGCUGUUUUAAACGCACUGCUGGCCAUUCGAAAUAGCACAUCUUCAAAUGAAGAGAACCUUCGCUAUGUGGCGGAGUGGCGCUACAACCGCGAGGGCAUGGAGGCCCCUUCGUCAGCCGCAUCGUUUACGGGAUGGCUUUUGUACAUUAUCCAACAUGGGUCUGAGGACUGCGCCAGGGAGGCGGCCCUCUGCGUGAAAAACCUCUGCGGUCACGCCAAAUCCCUAGAGUCAUUGCUGCAGCAAGAUGCGGUAGAGAUAAUUGGUGGUCUUGCGGAGCGUGGCUCCUCAGACUCCGUGCGUCGCGCAGCCGCAAUGACGUUGCACUCCCUCGCGCGAGCACAGCGGCGGUAA